CAAAACACAAGGAGAUUACCGGAGUAGACCCAAAGAGGGCCGAAACCUGAACAAGAAUGUUAAAUAUCGCCCCAUCUUGCGUGCUAGCAUCGGGAAUCUCGAAACCCGUAACGAAAAUGGCGUCAACUGAAAACAAAGAUGACCACUCUUCUGCUAAAAGAGUAGCUGUCAUUGGCGCUGGUGUUAGUGGACUCGCGGCAGCUUACAAGUUGAAAUCACAAGGUUUACAUGUUACGGUAUUUGAAUCUGAAGGAAGAGCUGGAGGGAAGUUAAGAAGUGUGUCGAGGGAGGGUUUGAUAUGGGAUGAAGGAGCAAAUACAAUGACUGAAAGUGAGAUUGAAGUGAGAAGUUUGUUUGAUGAUCUUGGUAUUCAAGAUAAGGAACAAGUUCCAAUUGCACAGAACAAGCGGUAUAUCGUGAGAAAUGGUGUGCCUGUAUUGAUCCCCUCAAAUCCUCUCGCAUUAUUCACAAGCAGCAUUCUUUCAGCAAAAUCAAAGUUUCAGAUUAUUUUGGAGCCUUUUCUGUGGAGAAAAAGUGAAGCCUCAAAAGUAUCUGAUGCUUAUAAUCAGGAAAGUGUAGGAGGAUUUUUUCAGCGCCAUUUUGGGCAGGAGGUUGUGGAUUACCUUGUUGAUCCCUUUGUUGCUGGCACAAGUGCUGGAGAUCCUGAAUCUCUAUCUAUGUGCCAUUCCUUUCCGGAGCUAUGGGAUCUUGAGCAAAGGUUUGGCUCUAUCAUUGUUGGAGCAGUGAAAUCUAAAUUCUCUGCCAAAAGGACAAAUCGUGAAGAAACAAAAAAUUCAGUGAAAAGAAAGGCUCUACGUGGCUCAUUUUCCUUUCAGGGUGGAAUGCAGACACUUGCUGAUAUGUUGUGCAAAGAUCUUUCCAAAGAUGAGCUUAAACUGAAAUCAAAGGUUUUGUCAUUAUCUUACAGUCAUGAGGGGAAGUCUACAUCAGAGAACUGGUCUCUCUCUUAUGCUUCUGAUCGAGACAAGCGCUCACAAGGCUCAUCAUUUGAUGCUGUAAUAAUGACGGCUCCGGUGUGCAAUGUUAAAGAAAUGAAAAUUACUAAAGGAGGAAAUGUCUUUCCACUGAACUUCAUCCCUGAGGUGAGUUAUAUGCCACUAUCCGUCAUAAUUACUGCUUUUAAGAAGGAGAAUGUCAAGAAACCCCUAGAAGGUUUUGGAGUUCUUAUACCUUCAAAGGAGCAGCAAAAUGGUUUAAAAACUCUCGGUACACUUUUUUCAUCUGUGAUGUUUCCUGAUCGUGCACCUAAUAAUUUGUAUCUCUAUACAACCUUUGUUGGAGGAAAUCGAAAUAAGGAGCUGGCAAAAGCCUCAACAGAUGAAUUGAAGCAUAUUGUAACUUCCGACCUUCAGCAGUUGUUGGGAGUGGAGGGAGAACCCACAUUCUUCAAUCAUUUCUAUUGGAGCAAGGCAUUUCCCUUGUAUGGCCGUAACUAUGCUUCAGUCUUGGAAGCCAUUGAAAAGAUUGAGAGAGAUCUCCCUGGAUUCUUCUAUGCAGGUAACCACAAAGGGGGAUUAUCGGUGGGCAAAUCGAUUGCUUCUGGUUGCAAAGCAGCAGAUAAUGUAAUUACAUAUUUGGAAUCUUCACAUGACAAGCUGCUGAAAUGACGGAUUACCAUCGAACACCCUAUCCACUUGGACAUUAGGAAACUUCAUCAAUAGACUAUUGAGCAGCCAUGGUAGUAAGCCAAGAUAGGGUUUUGGAUCUGGUAUUCUCAUUGAACUUGCUUGGCCAUCAGCUAAGAGUUUGUGUGAACAUGCAGCUUAUACACCCUCAAUUUCUGUGCUAGUUCCAGCCCAGUUAUAAGCGCGGAGAAAGCGAAGGAUAAACCAUACAACCACUCGUUGCCCUUGGAAUCGACCAACAUCAGAUGUAUUGAGCUCCAGUGGUAAUGAUUGUUAAGGAGAGUUGUGAAUGUUAGGUGUAUUUUGAUUUUGUUGAGAUGUUUUGUCAUGUUAUUGUGUGUCUGCAAAAUCUGAAGAAUGCUGUUUUGAUAUGAAAUCCAUGCUUCCUUUCGGCC